CCUAUUGGCCAGCUGACUCGGAGCUCUCGGCGCUGAUUGGCUGAGAUCGCCGGAUUGUUGAGUCCGGCAAAGUGUCGAACUGAAGAGGCUGGAGAGGAGGAAGUACUUCUUUCAAACAUGGAAAUAAACACAUCAAACCCAAACUUUUGACUUUCUGCACUUUCAACAUUCAAACAAGUGACUCGCCAUGCCCGCCCAGCCCUCAGAGAGAGAACCAGAGGAGGAGAUGGAGGAGGACAGAGGGUCGCAGCUCCCAGAGGCCAAUGGAGAGAUGGAGGAACCAAAGGAGAGCGAAAGACGAGGAGGGAAUGAGACCAUGGAGGAGAGUAUGGAGGAGAGGGACAGCGACAUGGAGGAGAGCGAGGAGGUUGAAGAAGAGGAGGAGGAAGAAGAAGAGAGUUCAGAAAUGGACGAUGAAGACUGCGAACGGAGGAGAGGAGAGUGUCUGGACGAAAUGAUGGAUCUGGAGAAACAGUUUCAGGAGCUCAAAGAGAAGUAGGUUCAAGAAAAUAAAAUAAAAAAUCAAUUUGGCACCGAUCUGAGAUUUGUUCGCUGUAUUUGUUCAUCAGGCAGGACAGUUUUUUUUUUAAAGAAUCCCUUUUGUAUGUCUGCAGGAGUGUACAAAGAGCUGUGUCUACAGGUCAUCAAACACAAGCAUGAAUGUGAACUUCAAGGAGCGAGGCAGCAUCUGGAGAGCGAGCGCUCCCUGCUGUUCGACGCCAUGAAGGCAGAGCUGCUGGAAAAGAUAAGACGGCUGGAGGAGGACCGACAGAACAUCGACCUGAGCUCAGAGUGGAGUGAUGAGAUGAGGAGCAAAAAGUGUAAAAGGAAGAACCUGCUGGGUCGUUCAGACAGGAAGAAGAAAGUUGCUCUGGUUUCAGGGCCGUUCAUCGUCUACAUGCUGAGAGACAUCGACAUCCUGGAGGACUGGGCUGCCAUCAAGAAGGCUAAAGCUGUUCUGUCUCCACUGAAGAAGAAAGUAGAAAAGCGGUGAUAAGAAGAGCAUCAGAGCGGUGAAGACGCUCACAUUCCCACUUUGUUCCAGCGACACGUCCGGUUCUGUCUUUGACUGAAACUCAGCAGACUGUUCCCACCCCACCACGGCUUGUUUUGUUACCUGUUCCUAUUUAAAACACGUUCUUAUCGAUGUGAUGUUUAUGUAUUUAUAGAAUGAUUUAUAAUGACGAUUAAAAUUUUAAUCUUUUAUGACACAA